CCUUCGCCUCAGAGCGCAGCCAGUUUGGGUCCCCGCAGCAUUCAACCGAGUCGAAGAGGUACAGUCACCAAGACCUUCCGCAGUUUUCCACACGGAUUUUUUUUUAAAAACUAAAAUUACCGAUAAAGAGCAAGAAUAGCGACUUCUAACUGCAAAUAUUUUGGAAAUCCCGAAGAGAAACUUUUGAUUUGCAGUUUUUUUUUUUGGCAUCUGUGAGGAGCAGCUGUUUUUUUUUUACUUGUUUUUUUUUAUGUUUAAAAAAAAAUCACAAAAAAAAAAGAACCAAAACAAAAAUAAUAUUUGCCAAAAACAACCUGUCGGAGAUUGAUGGAGAAAGGCUGUUAUUUUUGAAGAUCGCGCCACAUGUCCAGAAAGGAAGGGGCUUCAGCUGCAGCGCUCCACUCAGCAGAAAUAAAUGUGACUCGGUGUCGGAACGCUUGUUUUUUGCCUGAACGUUUUUUUUUUUUUUUUUUUUUUAACUCUACAGCGACUUGAGACUCCUGCCAAGCUAUUGGACUUGAACUCCGAGCCGAGGAGGCGGAGUCUUAACUUAUUAAAAAGGAACUUUCGGAGGUUCGGGCGCCAGCAAAUAUGAUGAUGAUGUCUCUGAACAGCAAGCAGGCUUUCACCAUGGCCCACACCAGCCUGCCCGAACCCAAGUACUCUCUGCACUCGUCCUCGUCCUCCACUCUGACUUCCAACGCGCCCUCGUCCUCCUGCUCGUCCUCCCGCCACAGCAGCAGCACCAUCAUCAGCAGCAGCGGCAGCAGCAGCAGCUCCGAGGUGAUGCGCAGAGCUUGUCUCCCAACCCCACCGAGCAAUAUAUUCGGAGGCUUGGAUGAGAGUUUGUUGGCCCGGGCUGAAGCUCUAGCGGCGGUGGAUAUCGUCUCGCAGACCAAGAGCCACCACCACCCUCCACAUCACAGCCCCUUCAAGCCUGACGCGACCUACCACACAAUGAACACUCUGCCCUGCACCUCCUCUUCCUCCUCAUCAUCCUCGGUGCCUAUUUCUCAUCCGUCCGCUUUGGCUGGCCACCAUCAUCACCACCAUCACCACCACCAUCACCAGCCUCACCAGGCGCUGGAGGGGGACCUGCUGGACCACAUCACCCCGGGACUCGCGCUGGGAGCCAUGGCAGGGCCGGACGGCUCGGUGGUUUCCACGCCUGCGCACCCUGCCCACAUGGCUGGCAUGAACCACAUGCACCAGGCGGCCAUCAACAUGGCUCAUGCCCACGGGCUGCCGCCGCACAUGGGCAUGAACGACGUGGACGCCGAUCCCAGGGACUUGGAAGCGUUCGCGGAGAGGUUUAAGCAGAGAAGGAUCAAACUCGGGGUCACCCAGGCGGACGUGGGGUCAGCUUUAGCCAGCCUUAAGAUUCCCGGAGUGGGCUCCCUCAGCCAGAGCACCAUCUGCCGCUUCGAGUCCCUCACCUUGUCCCACAACAACAUGAUCGCGUUGAAGCCCAUCCUGCAAGCCUGGCUGGAGGAAGCCGAGAAAUCACACAGGGAGAAACUUAACAAGCCCGAGUUGUUCAACGGCGCGGAGAAGAAGAGGAAGCGCACGUCGAUAGCCGCGCCGGAGAAGCGCUCGCUUGAGGCCUACUUCGCCAUCCAACCGCGUCCCUCCUCGGAGAAAAUCGCAGCGAUUGCUGAAAAGCUGGACCUGAAAAAGAACGUGGUGCGGGUCUGGUUCUGCAACCAGCGGCAGAAACAGAAACGAAUGAAAUACUCAGCAUGCGUCUAAAAAAAAAAAAAAAAAUUCAAAACAAGAAAAAAUAAACACACAAAAGACUUGGAACUGAUGAAAAUGAUUUGUAUUAUAUUUCCUAACUCACGCCCUCUUUUUCAAUCAUCAGACUCUUUAAAAAACGAAAAGAAAAAAAAAAACUAAAGAGGAACAAUGACUGAAAAAAGAAAAAACUCAAACACCCACCACGACUCUGUCAGAGGGAGACGAGGAGUCAAUAAGGCGUCGUUUGACGGAUCAAGUAAGAACCACUGUUUCCACUUACUAUGCCUCACCUUUUUAACGCAGCGCACUCAGAGCUGCUGCUGCGGUUUUUAUCUCUAUUCCUUUUAAACGCUGAUUGUCAUUAUUUCCCAACAUUAGCAGCAGUUUUAUUUAUUUCCACGCAGAACGAGGUUGUUUUAAUCAAAGCACUUGGUUAGUGUCGCAGAUUUUCUUCCCUUGGAGUUCAUGACAAUGCAGUCUGACAUUAAUUCAGGUCUAUGGGGGGAUUAAGCGGACAGUUGGUUCUGAGAGCUGAGAUUAGAUUACUGCCAAAUAACCUUCUGUAAAUUAUCACCAAACACUUCAUUUUCUGUCUAAACUUGUUAUUCCUUCCACUUGUUUUUAUUUCUAUAAAUCAGGGAUCUUUUCCUGGAGUUAAAGUUCUAACAUGGUUGUUUUUAAGGCCUCGUGGCUAAAAGAGAAACAUCUCUGCAGAAUAUUGUAAUAAAAGACUAAAAUAUAUUUUCAAUUUAGUGGCCAUGUUUCAUUUCCCCUCCAGCGUGGGCCGGCUGUCUUAUGAACUAUUUAUUGAGUGAGGUCAUGUUUACUUCAUUAUAUAUUUAUUGGGAAUCCCCCCCACCCCAAACACACACACACACACCUCCUUGUUUAGCUUGAGAAAAAUCUAAUUCUGACAGCAGCUCAGCUUGUUGUUGUGCUUUAAAGGGAAGAGAUGGAGUUUAAAAAGAAAAUAACAGUCUCAGAUUUGACGAUUUUUUUUAAGAUGGCACAAUCGAUAUAUAUAUGAGAUUAAAUUAUCCUUUAAAUUAUUAUUUUAUGUAUGUCUUUAUUUCAAUUUCCCUGCUGUUUAUUUGUAUAAAUAUGCGCGCGUCAUGAUGGAAUCGUUGCUUGUUAAAAGAAUCACCAUGUUUUAAUGUUUUAUUUUUUUCCUUGAAGAGAAAAAGAAACUGCUUCAUGUAAGUAUACGUGUACAAUGUAAAUAUUUUCAUUGGAAUCAGUCGAUGCACAUAAAUAUAUCCGUACAGGUUUUUGCUGUAUUGCUGUUUAGCUGAGGUAAUUUAUUUAUGUAAUGUUUUGUUUAUAAUUUUUUUUUUGUUUAUUUGUUUGUUUCCCUGGUUAAAUAUUUCUAAUUAUUUAUUUCAUUCAUGUAAUUUUAAUUUAUUAAUUAUUGAACUGCAAUAUGUGUUUCAUUAAAGAACAAAUUUUAACAUUU